AUGAGCACGUGUGGGAGAAAGGCUUUGACCCUACUGAGCAGUGUGUUUGCGGUGUGUGGCCUGGGUUUACUGGGCAUCGCCGUCAGCACUGACUACUGGCUGUACCUGGAGGAAGGGGUCAUUCAGCCGCUGAACCAGAGCACCGAUAUACGUAUGUCCCUCCAUUCUGGGCUCUGGAGGGUCUGUUUCCUGGCAGGAGAGGAGACAGGACGUUGUUUCACCAUAGAAUAUGUCAUGCCCCUCAACAUGCAGCUGACUAGUGAAUCCACCGUCAGCAUGCUGAAAAUGAUCCGAUCUGCCACGCCCUUUCCUCUGGUCAGUCUUUUCUUCAUGUUUAUUGGCUUUGUGCUCAACAAUAUAGGGCACGUACGCCCUCACCGCACUAUCCUGGCUUUUGUUUCUGGAAUCUUCUUCAUCCUCUCAGGUCUGUCUCUGGUAGUUGGCCUGGUUCUCUACAUAUCCAGUAUUAAUGAUGAAAUGUUGAACAGGACCAAAACCAGUGAGGCCUUUUUCAGCUAUAAAUAUGGCUGGUCCUUUGCAUUCGCUGCCAUUUCAUUUCUGCUCACUGAGAGUGCAGGGGUAAUGUCCGUUUAUCUGUUCAUGAAGCGUUAUACUGCGGAGGAGAUGUAUCAGCCCCACCCCAGUUUUUACCGACCGCGCCUCAGUAACUGCUCCGACUACUCCGGUCAGUUCCUUCACCCAGAGGCCUGGACGCGGGGUCGCAGCCCCUCUGACAUCUCCAGUGACACCUCCCUGCAGAUGAGUGCCAGCUACCCUGCACUGCUCAAGUGUCCGGACUACGAUCAGGUGUCCUCUUCCCCCUGCUGA